AUGAACGAACAUGGCAAGACAAAAGUGAAGCAAGAAGAAAUAGAAUCAAGUGACAUGAAUGUCUGCGAAGUAAAAUCUUCCGAUAAAGAAGAAUCAAGGGAUGUGUAUAGGAUUCAUGACAAAAAAUCUGCAACGAUGCGAGAGUUUGAUUUGAACAAAAUAUAUUAUGAAGUGGGAGAGCUUCAUCCAGAUAAAGAGAUUGAAGAAACUAUAUUGUUUCAAUGGUUAUAUAAUGAACUUGAAAAAAAUAAAUGA